GUUUAUAUUUUCAUACGUAAUACUCUUGGCUUCGUUACUUUACAAACUUAUAGCAUACUACUUAGUUGUCAGUAAUAAAUAAAUGGCUGUGGAGGUUAGUGACCGUCUAUCGAUAAUAUUUGUGUUAUAGCUUAAUUACGACAAUGCCUUACUGGUACUAUGACAAGAAGGAUCUGCAGAACACGCCGUCGUUCCGCGAUGGUAUCAGUACGGACACGGAGAACCGGUAUAGGAAGGAAGGCGCGAGGUUCAUCAUCGACACUGGCUCCAAAAUGGACCUAGGUUAUAACACAGUGGCUACAGGCGUUGUUUACUUUCAUCGUUUCUACAUGUUUCACUCGUUCAGAACAUUCCCGAGGUAUAUCACCGCUUGUUGCUGCCUGUUCCUCGCAGGCAAAGUUGAGGAGACGCCAAAGAAAUGUAAAGAUAUUAUAAAAGUAGCGAAGUCCCUGUUGACGGAGCAGAAGUUCGCGAGUUUCGGUGAGGAUCCCAAAGAGGAGGUCAUGACGCUGGAGCGAAUCCUGCUGCAGACCAUCAAGUUCGACCUGCAAGUGGAGCACCCUUACGGCUACCUGCUGAAGUACGCCAAGUGCCUGAAGGGCGACAAACCCAAGCUACAGAAGAUGGUCCAGAUGGCGUGGACAUUCGUUAAUGACAGUUUAUGCACAACUUUGUGCUUACAAUGGGAGCCAGAAGUUAUAGCAGUAGCGUUAAUGUUCCUAGCAGGAAAACUUAGUAAAUUUGAAGUAUUAGACUGGAACGGAAGGAUUCCUAAACACACAGCCUGGUGGGACAUGUUUGUAGAGGAUAUCACAAUGGAGCUACUUGAAGACAUAUGUCAUCAGGUGUUGGACCUGUACUCCCCACAGCCGCAGUCGUCGGGCGGUGACUCCCCGACGGGGCCCCCUCCCGCGAAGGUGCCAAAAAACGACAAGAAGCCUCUCUCCGUUACACCGCCCACUUCCGCAUCUCCUGUCGCCGCGGCCGCCGCUAAGGCGGUGGUGACGCCCAACAAGAACGGCGCGGAGCUGAAGUUCGAGCCGCCGAAGCUGGAGCCGCUGCGCUACACGUACCCCGCGUACCCGGGGCUGGCGCCGCCCUACGCGGGCCCGUACGCCGCGCCGCCGCCGGGGCUGGCGCCGCGCCUGGCGCCGCCGCCGCUGCUGUACGCGGAGCCGCGCUUCCCGCCCGUCAACGUGCCGCCGCCCAACUACUUCCCCCCGCUGCCGGGCCGCGGCCCGCCGCCGCCCGGGCCCCCGCCGCGCCCCUACUACCCGCCAACGUGAUCUUAAUAGUGUAAGCAAUAUAGGUUAUUGUAUAAUUUUUUACUCAAAUAUAAUGAUAGACUGUA